UGUAUUUAAACACUGUAAGCAAACACGCGCGAAACGUUAACAAAAACGUUUUGAUUCUCUUUACACUGUUAUUUUAACACUCUAAAAAGGUUAUUUGCAAAAAGAAAACUGAGAGACCACGCACAAGAAAACUGAGGCGUUGCUGUGACAACCAGAGCAACAAGCUUUGUUGACAUUAGCAACCAAACCCCCUCGGACCUUCAUGCUAAGGUUAGCUGUUAUGUUAGCUAGCAAGGAGUUUACAACACGUCAAGGUAACUAAUAUAUGCGAUAUAACGUGGUUUAUUUUAUAAACAAUGGACUCAAAUUCGUUGUUCUAUUCUUUGGAACUGGUCGCCGGUAGCGGAAAUACUUUAAACGUUGAGAAAAGAACCGCUUUGCAGACUUCCCUGGUCAUCCUGAAGAAAAACUACAAGUUCCAUCGAGUCUUGUUUUGGGGCAAAAUAUUGGGAUUAAAGGAGGAUUACUUCAUCGCUCAGGGGAGAGGAGAAGAUGAGAUGAAGGAUAAAAAGACUCUUUAUAGCUUCAACUGCAUGGACUGGAUGCUGCUCGCCCCCGCCACAGACUCUGUGAUCGAGGAGGUGUCCAAAACUGCAAAGGGUAGCUUCGUAGGAGACCCCUCAUAUGUGUAUGAGCAUGUUGAGAUCCACAGGCCAGGAGGGAGGGAUGAUGCUAUACAGGAGGAGGUGGUGACCAAAGUGAAUGAGGAGAGCAGGCUGGCGGUCACAGUUCACCAGAUCGAUGAGGAAGCGUCUGUGGUUCCGCGUGGCGCCUACCUCAAGAGUCCUCAUGGCCUCGUCCAGAUCAACCGCAGCUUUGGUGGUCUUUCUCACUCAGAAGCUGGGAAGCUGGACAACUUCCUCCACUUUAGCAAAGCCAAGAAUCUGAAGAAGAAAUCCAUCCUGGAAAUGGGCGAUUUAAACCCAGCCAUCGACUUCCUGGAUGUACUGAGUGACGACAUUCCUAAAGGUGAAGAUUUUUGCACUUAUUUCAAGUGAAAACUGUUUUUGGAGCAGCAUUUUUUCCAGUGUGCUGAGAAACAGGUGAGAGAUAUCAAAAAGCACAGAUGUAUUGAGUAUCCCUCGGCUCAAGAAGGUGGAUAGUGUAAUCUUCUUGUUCUGAUUUCCAAAGAUCAAAGUAGCCUCUAUUUCAAUCGUGCUCAAAAUGACGUGGAAGUUAUUGUCAGUCAUUUACCUGGAGUGUUCUUUGUGUGCAGGGUCGUGGAGUCUCCAGCUGGAAUGUGCCAGCAGAGUGCUGGUGCUGCGCAGCCUGCUGUGGCCCGGCCUGACCUUCUUCCAUCUGCCAACGACCCCGCAGCACGGACACAUCUAUAUUGGUGAUGGCAGGAAGAAUCUGGACCUUCCCUUCAUGAUAUAAAAAGAUCUUACACAUAUUUACAAAUUCUCCACUUCUGUCGUUCACAUUUCUCAAAUUGUAUUUUAAGUUAAUUAUUCCAGGACAUUUUGUUGCUUCUACCUUCAAACAAAUAAACUCAAGAAAGCCCAGU